CUUCAAAGCCCCAAAGGAGACGGGCCAACUGAAAAACGACUACAAAUUAGAUACCACCAAAGGCAGACGAGCCAGCAUUAAACCAACUAGCAUAACAUCAAACCGGAUAUGAGCAAGUCGCCCCAAGGAGCCUCUUCGAAGGAUGGAAACGCCGUGGUCGGGGGUUCGACAAUCGUCAUCAAACUAGGAACUUCGUCUAUCCUUUCUGAACAGAACCUCCAACCACGCUUGGGUCUGCUGGCCAACUUGGUAGAAACAUGCGUCAAUUUGAGAGCCAUCGGACACAAGGUCGUCUUGGUCUCAUCCGGCGCUAUCGGGAUGGGAAUGAGACGAAUGUCGCUGCUCGAUGGUGGCUUGCAGGGGAAAUGGGGCAAGAAACCAAAGUCAUUGAACGAGAAACAAGCGUUGGCUGCGAUCGGACAGGGUCAUUUGAUUGCACUAUGGGAUAGCCUCUUUAGUCGUCUCAACCAGCCGAUUGCUCAGAUUCUCUUAACGCGAGGAGAUUUGGCAGAUAGAUCGAGGUACUUGAAUGCCUCUUCCACCCUGAGCACCUUAUUGAACAGUGGAGUGAUUCCGAUCAUCAAUGAGAACGAUACCAUCUCGGUCUCCGAGAUCAAAUUUGGUGACAACGAUACCCUUUCCGCCGUCACUGCAGCCAUGUGUCAUGCCGAUUUCCUGUUCCUCAUGACCGAUGUCGACUGCUUGUUCACCGCCAAUCCCCGGUCCAAUCCAUCUGCUCAAAUGGUCAAGGUCGUCUACGAUAUCGAAGGGGUUCGAAAAAUGGUAUCUACAUCUACCUUAGGCUCAUCCCUGGGAACAGGGGGGAUGGAAACCAAGCUUAUCGCGGCCGAACUGGCGACCGCUGCAGGUGUAGCCACGAUAAUCUGUAACGGCACGAAGCCACAGAACAUAGCGGCGAUUAUAUCCGACUUGCAAUCCAAGCCAGCCAGCUCUUCCGACGCGAUCCCAGCCAUACUGGUGCCUCCACUAGUUGAAGAUUCGGGGCCUUCUCAAUUGAACUACACCGUCUUCCUUCCCCGGCCGACCCCACUGACCAGCCGGAAGUUUUGGGUCGCCCACGGCUUGGCGCCCAAGGGUUCGGUGAUGAUCGACAGAGGCGCCUAUGAGGCAAUCAGUGACGAGGCCAACGGCGGCAGGCUACUCCCUGCCGGUCUGGUCACCGUUUACGGCACCUUUGCCGUCGCCCAGGCCGUCACUAUCCUCGUCCCAAGAAGUUUUCUCACUCCUCUAUCCGCCCCACCCGCAUCAGUCGAGCAAGAACAGUCGUCGGACCUUCCUCUCCCUACUUCUUCAAGCUCUCAGACAAAUCAAACUGCAGAAGAACUGGUUCCAGUAGGCCGUGGACUAGUGAACUAUAACUCCUCAGACAUGAACAAACUGAAAGGUCUUCACAGCUCUGAGAUCGAAUCGGCCAUCGGACAUAUCGACUCGGAACAUGUGAUCGAGUCGAUCGUCUUGUUCAAGCCGAUCUCACCGCCUCACUCAUAAUCCCAUUAAGGAACCGUAUAACCGACCAACGAACAGGAGAGAAUAUGACUUGGGGGAAUAUGUCUGUAUUGAAAAUGUUCUUGUAUAUGUGUACUUAAAAUCUUAUAGGAUACAGAUAGAUGGCUAGCCGAGCAAAACCGGAUAUCUGUCCGAGCCUUGAAACCAAGCCCUGAGAAAUCUAUAAGACAAUUAGAACA